AUGACUAUGACCGAGAUUCUUCAACAGGCUUUCUAUAAAGCCGCAGAGUUGCCGGAAGACCGGCAGGAAGCCUUCGCUCGCUUCCUGCUAGCAGAGCUUGAGUCUGAGCGGCAGUGGGAAGAACUCUUCAGCCGCCCCGAAUCCGAAGACUUCCUUGAGCGUAUGGCAUCUGAAGCCCGUGAGGCGCACAGAGCCGGCAAGACGGAGAUGCUCAAUCUAGAAGACCUUUAA